AUUUCUUACAAAACAAAGUGUUUUUUAUUUUAUUUUUUAUUUUUUAAUUUCUAGAGCAUCAGAUCUCAGUUUAUUCCUUUUCUCUUGACCCCUCCCCCUCCUCUCUCUCUCCCUGUCUAUCUAUCUCUCGCUGGGUACCGGAGGCAGAUCACAAAAAAGGUUGAUAAUGGGUGUGGAGACAAACAAUCUCGAUAUGGAGGAGGGAACGCUCGAGAUCGGCAUGGAGUAUAGAACUGUUUCUGGAGUUGCUGGACCUCUUGUCAUACUUGAAAAAGUGAAGGGACCCAAAUAUCAAGAGAUUGUUAAUAUUCGUUUGGGAGAUGGAUCAACCAGACGUGGUCAAGUCUUGGAAGUUGACGGGGAGAAAGCUGUUGUUCAGGUUUUUGAAGGAACCUCUGGGAUUGACAACAAGUUUACAACUGUGCAAUUUACUGGAGAGGUUUUGAAAACUCCAGUGUCCUUGGACAUGCUUGGCCGCAUUUUUAAUGGUUCUGGGAAGCCUAUUGAUAAUGGUCCUCCUAUUUUGCCUGAGGCGUAUUUGGAUAUAUCUGGGAGUUCUAUCAACCCUAGUGAGAGAACCUAUCCUGAGGAGAUGAUUCAGACAGGGAUUUCUACAAUUGAUGUCAUGAAUUCUAUUGCUAGAGGACAGAAGAUCCCUCUGUUUUCUGCUGCUGGUCUUCCCCAUAAUGAAAUAGCUGCUCAAAUAUGUCGCCAAGCAGGGUUGGUAAAGCGAUUGGAGAAGUCCGAAAAUCUUCUUGAGGGUGGAGAGGAGGACAAUUUCGCCAUUGUAUUUGCAGCUAUGGGUGUAAACAUGGAGACUGCACAGUUUUUCAAACGUGAUUUUGAGGAAAAUGGGUCAAUGGAAAGAGUGACCCUCUUUCUGAACUUGGCAAAUGAUCCGACAAUUGAACGUAUUAUUACACCUCGUAUUGCUCUUACGACUGCAGAAUAUUUGGCGUAUGAAUGUGGGAAGCAUGUUCUUGUCAUAUUAACAGAUAUGAGUUCUUAUGCUGAUGCUCUUCGUGAGGUGUCUGCUGCCCGAGAAGAAGUGCCUGGAAGGCGUGGUUAUCCUGGGUAUAUGUACACUGAUUUGGCAACAAUAUAUGAGCGUGCUGGUCGUAUUGAAGGACGUACAGGCUCUAUCACCCAAAUUCCAAUUUUAACUAUGCCGAAUGAUGAUAUAACCCAUCCCACCCCUGAUCUUACCGGAUACAUCACAGAGGGACAGAUUUAUAUUGACAGGCAGCUACACAAUAGACAGAUUUAUCCUCCAAUCAAUGUCCUCCCAUCUCUGUCUCGUCUCAUGAAAAGUGCCAUUGGUGAGGGGAUGACUCGCAAGGACCAUUCUGAUGUGUCCAACCAGCUGUAUGCAAACUAUGCUAUUGGGAAGGAUGUCCAAGCCAUGAAGGCUGUGGUUGGAGAAGAAGCUCUUUCUUCUGAAGAUCUGCUAUAUUUAGAGUUCUUGGACAAAUUUGAGAGGAAAUUUGUUGCCCAAGGAGCUUAUGACACCCGCAACAUCUUCCAGUCACUUGAUUUGGCAUGGACUCUGCUUCGCAUCUUCCCCCGUGAGCUACUCCACCGUAUACCUGCUAAGACUCUGGAUGUAUUCUAUAGUCGAGAUGCAGCCAAUUGAGUAAGAAGUGUUUAUAGAGUCAUGAUUAUUUUCUUUUCGAUGAGAUAUAAGAAGUUGAUUUGCAAGUUGGUAUGUCCAAAAAUCCUCGUCUGCAGAAAUAAUAAGGGUAGCGUGUCUAUUUGGGUCACGAAUUUGAAGUUGUCCGGCUCGUCAAAAAAACCUUAAAAAAAUUGAGAAUGGUUUUACCUUCGUAAUUUAUUUAUUUAUUAGUUGGCGAUACCCAAUCGUGGGACUUGUAGUAAAGUUAGGGCUGGCCUUAUGUGGUGCUUGCUGUAUUUCCUUGUUUAUUUUGUAAGCCUAUCUUCCUGGAUUCUCCUUUUAUUUUGAGGAAAUCAAGUGUUUUAUUUAUUUUUUAAA